CUCGGAGGAAGGCAACAACCUCCCUUUACGGUCUUCUUCUCUCUUUGAUUUCCUUCGGAAAGGAUCGUCGAAUAGAUAACGGAAAAAUCGUGAGAAGAAGGAGAAAAACGUAGCGGCCACACGAGAAGUUUCCAGUUGAUAUUCCGGAAACGACCGUGGGUCUCUCGACUGAAGUAAAAGCCGGGACGAAGGAAAAGGACACAAGACGGAAGAGUGUGUGGUUAUGUGCUAGUGAGACUCAGGCAAAAAGACAUUAUACCCAAGACAUAGAAAACACUAAUCUAGUCACGAUGACCAACAGCAUGAAGCAAACGGUUAUUAAAAACCCGACAUGGUGGAAGAGGCGAUCCGGUUUGGAACGCGGAUUAACGGUGAUAGCGGUUUCCGGGUUCCUCUUGUGCACCGCUUUGGCGGUCGCCCUCGGAAUUUUGGCGGCCAACACAACAUGCAAUACCAAGUCCGAUACUGUUAACCUAGAGAUGAUACCAUCCACAGCCGAGGCGUUAAGCGGUUCGGAACGAUCGAUGGUGACACCAAUAAAGGGAACGAAUUGCAAUGAUGUCUGUUUAACAUAUGAAUGCAUUCACACAGCCUCUAACGUAAUAAAAAACAUGGAUCCUAAUGUGGAGCCCUGUGAUGAUUUCUACAAAUUUGCCUGCGGUGGUUUCCUCGAAUCCACAGUUAUCCCCGACGAUAAAACUAGCGUGACUGCGUUCUCUACUAUCGUUGAUGAUCUCGAGGAACAACUGCGACUCAGUAUCGAAGAAGAAAGUCCUCCAAACGAGCUGAGACCGUUUAAACUCGCCAAAGACUUCUACAAGGCCUGCAUGAACAAAACCGCUAUCGAAGCGAGAGGCUUGGCACCAUUAUUGAACAACCUAAAAAAACUCGGUGGAUGGCCCGUUCUGGAAGGCGAGAGAUGGAACGAGGGCGACUUCACUUGGAAAGAUUCAGUCUACAAAUUCCGGAGACUGGGCUAUUCAGUUGAUUACUUCAUCGAUUUCGGCGUCAGUGUCGACUUAAAGAACAACUCUAGGCGUUUGAUCGACCUCGAUCAAGCAGCGCUCGGACUCUCGCGCGAAUAUUUGUCGAAAGGCUUCAACGAGAAAAUCGUCCAGGCAUAUUACAAAUACAUGGUAGACAUUGCUAUAAUUCUCGGAGCCAAUCCUGACCGAGCCCGUGCAGAAUUAAAAGAAUCACUUGAAUUCGAAAUCAAGCUCGCAAAUAUCUCUCUGCCCAAUGAGAAACGGCGCAACGUGACUCUUCUCUACAAUCCCAUGACUGUGAAUGAGCUAUCCUUAGCCUAUCCUAAUAUACCGUGGUGGGAAUACUUUAACACCAUCCUCGCACCACAAGCAAAACUUGAUCAGGAUGAGAUAGUCAUUGUGAAUGUACCCAGCUAUCUAAAAGACUUCGAACAACUAAUCAACACAACGACGAAAAGGGUGCAGGCAAACUAUGCACUUUGGAGAGCAACUGCUGCGUCGAUCAGCUAUCUAACGGAUGACAUCCGGAAGAGACAAUUGAAAUAUACAGUGGAGUUAAACGGCAAAACAGAGAGAGAACCGAGAUGGAAAGAGUGCGUUGACAUUGUUUCUGGCAGUAUGGCAAUUAGUGUUGGCUCGAUGUAUGUAAGAAAAUAUUUCAAGGAAGAUGCGAAGCAAUCCGCGCUUGAAAUGGUCGAUGAUAUCAGGCAAGAAUUUACAAAGAUUCUGAAGAAGGUGGACUGGAUGGAUGAGAAGACCAGAAAAAAUGCUUUAGAAAAAGCAGCUGAUAUGACUGCACAUAUUGCCUAUCCAAAUGAAUUAUUGGAUGACAGAAAGCUUGAAGAAUUUUAUCGGGAACUUGAAUUGAGUGCUGACGACUAUAUGGGAAGCAUUUUUAAUUUAUCUACCUUUGGAACUAAUUUCUCAUUUGGCAGACUGAGACAGCCAGUAAAUAAGACAGAAUGGAUAAGUCAUGGAAGGCCAGCUAUCGUCAAUGCAUUUUACUCGUCGAUUGAAAACAGUAUUCAAUUCCCCGCGGGUAUUUUGCAAGGCAUAUUUUUUAACAAUAAUCGACCACAUUACAUGAAUUAUGGUGGUAUCGGCUUCGUUAUUGGUCAUGAGAUUACUCAUGGCUUUGACGAUCAAGGUAGACAAUUUAAUAAAGAAGGUAACCUCGUUGACUGGUGGGAACCAGAGACGAAGAAACGUUAUCUCAAGAGAGCUGAAUGUAUAAUUCAUCAGUAUGGAAAUUAUUCCGUGAAAGAAGUUGAAUUGAACCUAAAUGGGAUAAACACACAAGGUGAGAACAUUGCGGACAAUGGUGGCAUAAAGGAGGCUUAUUACGCGUACAAAGAAUGGGUCAAACGAAAUAAGCCGGAGCAGAAAUUACCGGGUCUGUCGUACAGUCCAGAACAAUUGUUUUGGAUAAGUGCAGCUAAUUCUUGGUGCAGCAAAUAUCGACCGGAAGCACUGAAGCUGCGAAUUACAACGGGUUUCCACAGCCCAGGCGAAUUCCGCGUUCGAGGACCGUUGUCGAACAUGGAGGAGUUCUCGCGCGACUUUAAUUGCCCGGUCGGCUCCAGAAUGAACCCCGAGAAGAAAUGUACCGUGUGGUAGAUCUCAGGUGUCGACAAAAUACGUGUGAACGACACCGACUGACUCCGUUUUUAACCUUGGAAGUUACAAU